GGGCCUCAGGAUGGACUGUGGUUCUCGGCAAAGAUCUCGGACUCUGCCAGCAGAGAACUUGGGUUCCAAUUCCUCCUCUGUCAUUUCCUCCCGGAGGGAUCUCGAACAAGGCCUCAGUUUCCCCUUUUGUCAAGUCAAAGAAUGAAAGAGGGUUGGACCCGAUGGCCUUUGCGAUUCCACGUGCCCGAGGACGGGGACUACCUUCUGGGCCGGGGAACCGGGGGAGGGAGGGAGGGAGGGAGAUAGGGAGCCGCGGAGAGAGGCCCCACUCCCAUCCACCUCCGCCUGUGGUACCGCUUUAAAAUGCAGUCUAGUUUGUCAUAGGCGGGCCUGGAGGCGCAUGCGUACAGCCCCGACACCUUCUCCCUCCCUCUCUCCCUCCUUCCCUCCCUCUCCAGCCUUUUCCUUCAGCAAAACUUUUUUUUUUUUUUCCUAAACAUUUUCAGGGAACUCGGCGGAGAGAGAAGCCGGGCGAGAGAGCGAGCGCGAUACACACACACUCACACACACGCACACACUCGCACACACACACUCCCUCACGGAAGACAGACAAGCAGAGAGAAAGAGACAAAAAAAGACGGACCGAGAGAGUUAAGAGAUACGGAGAGACUGGCCAGAGGUGAGGUGGGAGGGCAGACCAUCCCUUUUCUUCGGAGCCCGGGGAGCUUGGAGUUGGCAGUGCAGGAGCAGGAGCAGCAGCAGCAGCAGCAGCAGCCAGAAGCAGGAGCCAGAAGCAGCAGCAGCAGCAGCAGCAGCGCCCAGCGCCCACCCCACCGAACCAGCGCCGGAGCGUGGAGGCGCCCGGAGCCUUCGCUGGACACGCCGCCUCUGCCUCCGCCUAGCGCUCGCCCCCCCCUGGCUCGCGCUCUCUUUACUCCCUCGCCUCGGAUUGUAGUCGGGGUCCCCGGGACUUGUUCCUGGAACCCCGGGAAAGCUGAGCUGCUACGGAUCUCGGGAGCCCCGCCCCCACCAUUGGCCUUUAGUCCCCGUUUUCUUCGCCCUUCGAUUUGAAAAAAAAAAAAAAAAAGGAGGAGGGAGGAGGAGGAGGAAAAGAAAGGGCAAUUAAGAAGAAGAAAGAAGGAAAGGGGGGGAGGGAGAGGAACGUUCCCCCCGGCCAGCUCCAGGGCCACCGGCCCCAGCCCGGGGAAGCCGAAUUGAGUUCACCUUUUAAACUUUUUUCUCGGGACUCCCGUUCGUAACCCAAGUGUUUCCUACCCCAGUCCCGCGCCCCAAAAUGAAAGGACCGAAGCAGGGGGAGCCUCGUCAUCCUCGGCCCACUGCGUUUCCUGCUGCAUCUUGCGAAGAGAAGCCCGGCGUGCCGGAUUGUUUUGUCGCGUAAAGUCUACAAGUGUGUGUGUAUACACAAACGUGCACACAUACACAGACAAUCGCGCGCGCUUACACACACACACGCGCGCGCGCGCACACACGCACACACACACACACACAUACACAGACGGUGGACCGAGGGACUAGAGCUUCGGAGCGAAUGUUUCGGCCCCAAACCCAGAGAGGAGUCCAAAGGAAGGCGAGAAGAGCCUGAAGGCUGCACCAGUCUUAGUGGAAAGCAAGGGGCACCUGGGUGGAAGGAUCGCUGCCCUCGGGGCAAGUGUGUGUCGUGGGGGCGGGCGGGGACGAGGGGGGGUCUCACCCCCUUGUGAAAGACUUUUUUUUUUAUUUGUUGUAAAGUGUUUCGCACAAUCACGCCCACAUUUGGGGUUGGAAAGCCCUAAUUACUGCCAUCUCUGAUGGACGUUGGGAACCCAGCCAUCAGAAGAGCGCAGCUCGGCUCUACGGGCACCAGGGCGCUAGCGCAGGAUCCAGGUUCCCCUCCUCCGGUCCCGCCGUCCGCCUCGACUCGAGACUUUCUCCCCAUCUCGGCCUCUAGGGGCCGGGCAGCUUCCCCAGCGGCUGGUCACCCGAGGCCCCUCUCCUACCACUGUGGGCUCCGGCGCGAGCUCCCGCUGGGGCUGCCGCUGCCGCCGCCUCUGCCGCCCCCGCCACAGCCACCGCUGCUCCCGCAGUCCGCGGUCCCUGCUCUGCAAGACACCCACCCGGGACUGUGCAGUCCUGCCUGGCCCGACGCCACUCCGCUGGGACUCCUGGGCUGCUCUCCCUGAGCUGGGACCUCCAUCCACCAGCCCCUCCCCCUGUGCCAUGGAGAAGCCCGUCGGAAUAUCGGUCCAAGGAGGUGCUCUGGGAUCGGCUGGCACGGCCACUGCGAUGCCUUCGAAGUUGUCUCUGGUGGCCUUGGCCAUUUUCGUCUCAGUUACCCAAGUUGUGAUAGAGGCCAGCUCUUGGUGGUCACUGGGCAUGAAUAACCCUGUUCAGAUGUCAGAAGUCUAUAUUAUAGGAGCUCAGCCCCUGUGUAGCCAACUGGCGGGACUCUCUCAAGGCCAGAAGAAACUCUGUCAUCUCUAUCAAGACCAUAUGCAAUAUAUUGGAGAAGGAGCGAAGACGGGCAUCAAGGAGUGCCAGUAUCAAUUCCGCCACCGUCGCUGGAACUGUAGCACCGUGGAUAACACCUCCGUUUUUGGAAGGGUCAUGCAGAUAGGUAGCAGGGAGACGGCCUUCACCUACGCAGUCAGUGCUGCUGGGGUAGUGAACGCCAUGAGCCGGGCCUGCAGGGAAGGGGAACUGUCCACCUGUGGCUGCAGCCGGGCUGCCCGUCCCAAAGACUUGCCUCGAGACUGGCUUUGGGGAGGUUGUGGGGACAACAUUGACUAUGGGUACCGCUUCGCCAAGGAGUUUGUGGAUGCUCGGGAGCGGGAGAGAAUCCAUUCCAAAGGCUCCUACGAGAGCGCCCGAACCCUAAUGAACCUGCACAACAACGAAGCCGGGAGGAGGACGGUCUAUAACUUGGCAGACGUGGCCUGCAAGUGCCACGGAGUGUCGGGUUCGUGCAGCCUGAAGACCUGCUGGUUGCAGCUCGCCGACUUCCGGAAAGUGGGGGACGCCCUGAAGGAGAAGUACGACAGCGCGGCGGCCAUGAAGCUGAACAGCCGGGGCAAGCUGGUGCAGGUGAACAGCCGCUUCAACACGCCCACCACCCAGGACCUGGUCUACAUCGACCCGAGCCCGGACUACUGCGUGCGCAACGAGAGCACGGGCUCGCUGGGCACCCAGGGCCGGCUGUGCAAUAAGACCUCGGAAGGCAUGGACGGCUGCGAGCUCAUGUGCUGCGGCCGGGGCUACGACCAGUUCAAGACGGUGCAGACGGAGCGCUGCCAUUGCAAAUUUCACUGGUGCUGCUACGUCAAGUGCAAGAAGUGCACGGAGAUCGUGGACCAGUUCGUGUGCAAAUAGCAGGGCUGCCGCCUCCAGCAGGGGGCGCCCUCUCCUCCCCGGACUAUCUCCACCUUAUUUAUAGAGCGCUCCAUGAUGUCCUCCCUCCCCGCGCACUCCUCCCCCCGUUGCAAAUAGAAGCAACUAGAACCGUUUUCUGCUCCCACCCAAGAACUAUGUGGUUUAUUAUUGUUAUUAUUAUUGUUAUUGUUAUUAUUAUUAUUUGGCAAAAAAAAUGGGGGGGAGACCAAGAAAAUAUUUAUUUUAUGGGGAAAAGUUGGAAAUAAGACUUCCGAGAGCACAGAACGAGGGGAAAUCGGAUCCCGUCCUACUGGACGCGACGGGACGGGGCUCCCGGAGAGAAGGAAAAGGCCCGGCCGCCUCCUGCCUCCUUGCUUUGUCCCGAGGCUCUGCUCGCUGGGACCCAGACGCGACGCUUGGCGUCCUCAGCCAAACUGACGGAGACCGCCGAGGUCUCGCGGAGCCGGCGCUCAGCGGGUGGGGGCCGAGGCGGGGGGCGUGGCCGAAGCGCGCCCUCGUCUCCAAAGGGUGCCGGCUCCGCGAAGAGGGGAGGCUGGGGGGGCAGGGCGCCUGAUGGGUGCUCUUUGCACCUGCCAUUGACCAUCUCUGUGCUAACGGCGAAACCCAGAGAAGGGGGAGAGGGAGAGGGAUCGAAAUAAAUAUUUUGAAGAUCAGGGCGACGCUGUGACCCCCUGUGAGUAGAUCUGGCGGGUGAGAUUGGAAGGGACCUCCAGCCUGAAAGAGUCAGCGGCCUCUCCAAGGGCAUCUCCCCCCCCCCCUUUUUUCUUUGUUCUGAUUUAAAGGAAGAACCAAACAUUUCCCUUAGAAGUGCCCCGUGAUCAAGUGACAGACAGCAGUCAGAAGCAGCAAGUGCUGCGGAGUUCCGCCGGCCCCAGCCUGCCACAAGGCCUCUGCCCUUCCGCCGCACCGGGAGGGCCCCGGCCAGAAAAGGGCAUCUCCGAAAACCGCUUCCCCGUCCCACCCCAGCCCUCCCCGCCCGGCGGGCCGUCUUCCCCAGCGCAGCCGCAUCUCUCCCCUGUGACUUUUACAAGAGGAAAUGAAUCAUGUGAGCCACCUUCUGAGAACGCUGGGUUUUCUGUAAAGUCUUAUUUGGAGGAGACGAGAGCUUUCUACUUUAAUGACUUUUAUGUGACUAAUUCACUUCAAGGAGGUGUUGCAGCCAGACGAGUUAUGACCCUGGGUGCUGAUGCUAUAUUUUUACCUCUUGUAAUAGCCUGCAGGUAGACAGUCAGACAGACACUCCAGGAGCUCAGAAAGGGCUCGGCCGGGGGAGUCUAGAUGCGGCAACGGGCUCUGAUGGUGCCUGAUAUUCAAAGUUUUUUGUACAUAAUAUAUAUAUAUAUAAAUAUACAUAUAUAAAUAUAAAUAUAUCAUAAUACAGCCAGCGGUCUGAACUUUGACAGCUUACUAUGGGGCUACUUGGCAAUUUGGGGCAACAGAGGCCUCUUUUUAGAUAAUUAGGGUUUUUCUGGGAAAGGUUUUCUGAGUUGGGGGUCAUAGCUGUGAUAAUGUCACACCAAGGUGUUUUCCCCUAGGGUUGGGGGCUAUGGAUGAGGUAUGAUUUCCAUACAGUUUCCUUGAUUUGAAGACAUCUUUUCCAUUCCUCCCUGAUUCUGUUCCUGUUUCCUUUCAAUCUCCUGAGAGGGCAUUACUGAAAAGGAGAAAGAGAGCAGAGUUUGCCAGCAUCCUUGAUUUGUCCCUUUUAUCUAUGUAUUUCUAUAAAUGGGAAUCCGAACUUUUUAGCGUUCUUGAAAAUUGACCAAAAAUAAUAACUACAAACCCGGCUCAGCUCACAGCAUGUCUGUUGUUUUCUAAGACACCUCUUUCAACCGAAAUCCCACCAAAUCUGGCCUGCAGUAUUUAGUCUGUAAUACCCUCCUCUGACAGUCGUGAAAGAAGACAAUUCUUCUUAGGUCCAAGGCUAGGAGGAUUCCCAUUUUUCCCAUCAUUUCUCAGCUCCUUAAACCUGAUUUUCUCCUUUUUAACUUAUUGUCCUAGGAUGUAAAUUCACCCUUCAUUGCUGGAGGUUACUAACAGAAUAUCUUAAAGCAGAAAAACACCAAUUCAUUGAAGAUGUCACUUUUGGAGUGUUUUCUACCAAAAAAAAAAAAAGAAUUAUUUUUUUCUCCUUUGAUAAAAAAGAGAUUUUAAAACUAAAAAUAAAUUGAGUGAUCAAGUUUUUGAGUAGAGCUGAGUUGAACAAUCCUAGCCACUAAGCUAUAUUUAAUGUAAUAUAUUUUACUGGUCUUUUAGAUAAUCUGUAAAUCUUCUUUUCCCUCUCCUCUCUUUUGUACAUUUAAUGUACAUAUUUCUGCCUUCUGUGAUUUGUAAAUUUCACUGGUCUAAGAUACAAGCAAUGAAAGGCUCCUUCGGUGAUAAAAGAUAAGACUAUAAAAUAAAAGCAUUGGUUGUAUAUUGGUAAGUGGUUUUAAUUGUCCUUUAGAUUAUGUCUAGGGAGGUUAUCAGAACAGAGUAACAGGUUAGGUUGCUGAAAUGUUUCUUUCUUUUUUUUUUUAAAUAAGAAAGUGGAAAAUUUAGGCUAAAUCAAAAUUAUUUUGAGAUUGAUAGAUAAUAGUAAAUGAAACUUAGCUAAGAGGGAACCCUCUCUUCCUAUGUUAUAAAUGGACCUCCCAAACCCCACACAGAUGGUCCAAAGCUGGUAGCAUUCUUUGAGCACCACAAGGAUCCUGUCAUUGUCUCUGAGCAGGGCGGGGAUUUGCAACAGCUCUUAGAGGGACUGAAGGGCAGCAAGAAAGAUUUUUUUUUUUUUUUCCUGUUACCAGAUUUGUAGUCCCACAAAAUAUAUCUCAGUGGUUUCCAUUGAAACUGUGGGACUUCUUUAUUAGACGUUGGCUGCGCGCUGUGGGACUGGCCGACUGUACCCCUUGAAAGAAAGCUUGACAAAAAGCUGAAUUCAGGCCCUGGAGGGCAAGAAUUCAUUGGCAGCGAAGGGUUCAUUUUUUUUUUUUUUUAAGGACACGCAAUUAACAUAAGCAUAUGUAUUUUUAAGAAAUCUUAAAUCUAUACCAGGCUGGAGAGAGAUUGAUAAAUCAGUCUUUUAUUUUCUUUUUUUAAGGAUAACCUUGUAACAUAUUGAAACCUUUCAAAGAUGCCAAGAAUGCAUUAUUCCACAGAAAAACAGUAGACCAACAUAUAGAGUGUUUAAAAUAGCAGCAUUUCUGGGCAAAUGUAAACGCUUGUGGUUCUAUUACUCACAUCUGUUUCAGUUUUCCUUCAUUUGUAUAUUGACCAGUAUUCGUUAUUGCAAAAACAUAGCCUCUAUUUAGGAGAGUCAGCAAUUUUUAUAUAUGUGUGUGCCUAUGUAUGUAUCCAUCCAUCCAUCCAUACACACACAUAUAUGUAUAUAUGUGUAGAUAUACGUACAUAUAUAUCCAUACUGGAGUAUAUUCGAGUCCUUCCCAGUACAAGAAAAUCAACAAAACAUUUAUAUAUCGCACCAGCCAAACAGGGCCGGUUUCAAAAAUAGUCAUUAUGUGCUCAAGGAGAAAGGGAGGCUGUUUAAGUUCCUGAGAAGUUUAUCUGUUCAGUUCUGUAAACUGCUGCUGUUGAUACCCCUAGCCUGGCACCAGAAUGUGUGGGCAGAAUCCAGCCAACCCCUGGUUUUAUGUGGUGCUGCCAAUUCUGGUUCCCAAGCCAGUUGUGCAAAAAAAAAAAAAAAUCAUUUCUUGGAGCUUCUGGUAUUUCCAAAGACCCAAGACCACUGAAGAAUCUUGAAAGAGUGAACUCCAGGCAAGAGACUUGUGUCGGAGGGGAUUGGUUUCCUGUGCUUUGCGGCUGAUAGCAAAAGGUAGUCAUUGGAGAAAACGGGCCCCUUCCCCCAAAGUUGGUGGUACAUAAUAUAAAACAUACAUAUAUAUUAUAUAUUAUAUAUAUAUAACUUGAAGCAUAUAUGUAAUGCAAAUAAGCACCAAAGCACAUGUCUAAAAUAUUGCAUUGUCACUGUAAAAUAUACAUUUAAAAAUAUUUAUUAAAAAGAAGUUUAUUCUAGUCUCCCCCCUCCUGCAUGAAACGGCGAAAAAUAGAUGCGAUCCUUUUGAAAAUGAGAUGAGAAAAGGAAAUACAUUACUUUGGAUUUGGUGUCUUUGGCAGAGGAUAGAGAGUUUAAAGUUUUUAUUUUUAUUAAGGAUUUCUUUGUUCCUCCGUGAAUUCAAGUUCCAAAUGAGAAUAUAGAAUAGGUUGAUGAUAUUUUGCUUUAAGAGAAUAUUCGCAUGUCAGUCACCUUUAAAGGGGGAGGAAACCAUAACGGUGGGAUCUGGAGCAGGGAAUAGAUGUGACUUAUCUAAUGGUGUAUUCAUGGGAAUCUAAGAGUAGAUUGAAAUGUCAUCGGUUUCAAAAGCAGAGUUUUUAACAAAAGGAGAAAAGCAGCAUCUUAAAUCGUUUCAAAUGCAGUGUAAAAUUUGCUGGGAUAGAUAUGAGAUAAAGAUUAUUUAUUUUUGUUCAUAUCAUGUACCUUUUCUAUUAAAAUCAUUUGAUAAAAUAUA